AGACCAAAUUCUUCAAAACCACUAGUGGGUCUGGCCGAACAACCAUCACUGGUAUCUUCUAAUGCAGAGGCGAUCUCACAAAUAGUGACUGCUACAAAUGUGGGAGCAAUCUUCCUGAACUAUCAGACAAACUUUGUGACAAGACAAUGAGCGGAUGGACUCCACCGCCGGGAACCUGUAACUUGGACGAGUCCUUUUCAAUAGCAAUGCAAUCCGAAUGUCAAUGACCCACACCAGCGUAUCAAUGUCGCUUCGAAAUGGCCAAACAUAAGAGUCAAAAGAGCAUCUUUGUAUCUAAUAGACAUGCCGUCCUUAGUUAAGGACAAGGCGAGCCCUCACUGCACUGACGUUACGUUAGGCACUGAGGACAAGCAACUGUCAUACUGGAAUGGAUAUCCAUAUCCAUAGAUGACAGAACAGAAUAGCCAUUCUGUAUCUCUCUCUUGUGCCUCCUCAUCAGCCUCAUCAACUACAAAGCCAGCUUGACGUUUUUGGAGCUUCUUUCUUCUGACUUUGGGAAUCGACAUGGUGGGAGAACAUCAAGAAGUGCAGCUUCAAAUCAUCAGUCAGGAAGCCAAAGAAGAAAACUUGCUAGACUGUACAAAUGGAAACGACCAGCAGUCAUACUCUCAGCACAGAGGUUAUGUCUGGUGGCUGCAAUUGGCUACCUACGCAUUCCUUCUCCUUGCAGGACAAUCAGUGGCUACGCUCUUGGGAAGACUGUAUUUUGACAAAGGUGGAAACAGCAAAUGGAUGGCAACAUUUGUGCAAAGUGCAGGUUUCCCAGUGCUCCUCCCCUGCUACUAUUUUGUAGCCAAGAGUUCGGACGCAAAAGACUCCCACAGAAUUCCACCAUCAACUUUGGUCCUUUUAUCGAUUUAUCUCGCAAUUGGUAUAUUUCAAGCAGCAGUAAACAUGUUGUAUUCACUAGGACUAUUAUACCUUCCAGUGUCUACCUAUUCCCUGAUCUGUGCAUCACAACUGGCCUUCAAUGCCUUCUUCUCCUUUUUCCUUAAUGCGCAAAAGUUCACUCCUUACAUUAUCAAUUCUCUAGUCCUCCUCACCAUCUCUUCCAUACUCCUUGUGUUUCAAUCUGAAUCCACAGACUCUACUGAAGUCUCUAAGAGAAACUAUACAAUCGGGUUUUUAUGCACUGUUGCUGCAUCAGCUGGGUACGGAUUGAUACUUUCACUGGCACAACUCACCUUUCAGAAGGUUCUAAAACACGAAAACUUGAAGGCGGUUUUGGAUAUGAUUGUGUAUCCUUCACUGGUAGCGACUUGUGCCACUCUGGUGGGACUUUUCGCUAGCGGCGAAUGGAAGGGUUUAGAGGGAGAGAUGCAGGGUUUUGAGCUGGGAAAACUGUCUUACCUCAUGACACUAAUUUGGACAGCUAUAGGGUGGCAGAUUUUCAGCAUUGGGUGUGUAGCAAUAAUUUUUGAGGUUUCCUCACUCUUCUCCAAUGUCAUUAGUACUCUAGGUUUGCCUAUUGUUCCAGUUCUAGCAGUGUUCAUGUUCCACGACAAGAUUAAUGGAGUGAAGGCGAUGUCUAUGGUGUUGGCAAUCUGGGGCUUUGUUUCUUAUAUCUAUCAGCACUAUCUUGAUGUUUUGGGAUCCAAGAAAGAUGACAGAAAUGUCAAUGAAGUUCUCCAUGACUCUCCUUCCAGGACAUCCAGAAAUGAAUAGGAAAGACUUCUAUGAAUCAAUGUAAGAAUUAUUCUGUGAAUGAACUAGUUCACUAGAUAACAAGCAGAUGCCCCAAACAAUAUUUUCUGAUAGCUGAUAUGAUGCAGCUAUAGCUACUAUGUAACUGCACAGACUAGUUACAAAUUAUGCAAUUCCAUCUGUAUGUGGGCUACGGGGAAGGGCUUGUGUUCGACUUUUAUUGUGAAUGAUACCCUUGUGGUUACGUGUUGGAUUUUGGUCCAACUUAUCCUAUCGUCGAGUGAGUGGAAAACUUCUGACGGCCGUGAGGUUAGACCCAUGUUGA